AUGCUGGAACGUUUUGUCGUGCAAAGGCUCUUGCGCUUCCUUGGUGACUUUAUCGAAGGCGGCCUCCAGGAGGAGCAGCUCUCGCUUCUCUUCGGUACCGGGAACAGCGUUGAGCUGCGGGAUGUGCGUAUCCGCUCGGACCGUCUGAAAAGUUUGCUCGCUGGAAUCGGUUCGCCGGUGUAUGUCCUGUGCGCCUCUGUGGGUACUUUGCGCGUGUCCAUCGACCUGCGCGGGCGCGUCGCUGUAAUCGUCCGUGACCUCGUCGUUGUGCUCGCUGACCAGUACCCCGAGGCCGAGACCCGCCGGUCCACUGCCAGAGAACGCUAUCGCAAAGCGAUUCUGCGGAUCGAUCAGGCGCAACGUCAUUUGCGCCUGCAGCAGGCUUUUGAGGCAAGACCGCAACGCUCCGCCGCUACCGCCUCCGACGAUGACAGCACCACUGUUUCUUCUUCGUCUUUAGCGGGACAGCGUUCGAGUGCAUCCCCUCGUCGUCAAAACGACCGCCGCGAUUCUCAGACGCAGCAGCAGCAGCAGCAGCAGCAGCAGCAGCAGCAGCCAGGAAGCGGGUGGGCCUUCUUCGGCUCCGGUGUGAUCGAGUCGCUUAUCGCGUACGUAGCGGAUCGUCUCAGCAUUCAGGUGGAGCGUGUGGUGCUCGGCUUUGCCGACCAAGGCGUGGUCAUGCGCCGCGCCAAGGAGGUCUCCCCUCGCGGUUACCACUGGAUCACUGUAGCAUUCCUGGAUCGCAUGCUGACCUCGGACUGGUCCCCGGAAAAACAGGAAGCCCCGUCCCUGGAACCCGCAAACGUACCAGGAACAGCUGCGAAUCGGAGCAAGAACUUAUUCGGUUCCGCACAGACAACAAUUGUUCGAAAGCGACUUGCGCUCUCGGGGCUGCGUCUUAGCUGGAUCCCCGACGGCAGCAAAUCCCUCCGCAACAUCAGCUGGAGUGAUCCAGAGCUGGUACGCGAGUCUCUUUGGCGAACACGCGAAGAAAAUGAUGCCGACAUUCUCGGACCCAUAGAAUUCGGCAUUGGUCUCUACGUGAGCGGCUUCCGGGACUCGUUUCGUACCUGCAUUCAAGCCACAGGGAACAACCUCGACUGCUCGCUGUCGCAGCUCCAGUAUCUCGAUAUGGUGUCGGCAGCGCUGCGUCUGGGUGUUGGUCAAAUAGCCAAGCUGUCUCUGUUGAGUGAGGAAAUGACACGUGGCUCCCAGGAGUCCGCUGAUCUUGGCCCAGGGAUGCGAAAAACCGCCAGAGGCGAAGGAAGCGCUCCUGGACGUGCCGCAGCCCGCGAGCGCUGGGUGCAAGUCGUGCGCCAUGUGCGACAGUCUGUUCGCCGUCGACACGUCCCCUGGACCAGAGAGCACCUUUCCAUGCAAUGGACAAGACGCAAGCAGUACUUGGCGACAUAUUUAGCAGCAAAUGUCCGCAGCGACAACCAUUCCUGGCGUCUCGUGCAAGCGCUGGAGGAAACGAUGGAUUUAGAACAGAUUCUGGCUCUGAGGGCCACCGCGGAAGCGUUGGUGCAACGCAGUCCACAGGAAGCGCUUGCGCUCUGUGAUGAGGUGUCCAUAGCCGCCCUGGUGGUGGUCAGUACACCGCGUUUCCAGCGUCUGCGACAGCAACGCCUAGUCUCCUGGUGCUUAUGGAUGCUCUCCUGCAUUUGGAGACUCGGCGCGCUGCUCUGGAGUGUACUGGAACGUCGCAUAUGGGGUCUGCGGCCGCUAGCCCACAAACUGGUACAGAUAGGGCGCACGCUGCGGCCGCCAAUUCUCCAGGUAUUGGCCGGUCAGUGGCUGCUCUCAGCGCCGACAUUGCUUCCCGCAACCUCCGAGGAGGACGCCGACCUCAGCCAGACAACAGAACAUAUCCUGGGUUCACUACAUUCCUACAUCCACACAGACUAUGAGCGUUUCCUGCAACAACGCGACCUUCGCAGCAAACGUGCAAGUUCACCGACAGCCGCGCUAGCACCAACCCGAACAUCGUCAAUGCUUUCUGGCGAGCACGGAGGACGGAGAACUGCAUGGGAAAGUGCGCUUGCUGCUGAAAGUGCAGUAUUCCAACUCGAUGUAUCCGUGAACCGCGUGCAGCUGGCACUGUUCCAGGAACACCAACUAGUGGCGUUCACAGGAGCUCGUGCGUUCGCGGCACGCAGCAAACUGCUCAGCACCGCAGCAGUGCAGCACAUUGGAUGCCAGCUGUUCAUCUCGAGUGCCCAGAACCUUGCAGUACGGGCCUGGCUGGCCCAGCUGCAACUCCGGGACGAAGCGAACAGGAUCCUGGUGUGCAACCGCUAUUGCCCUGGAAACCAUGAGUCCGCUCACGGGACGCAGCAGCCACAGGCCCGGAACGCUGAAGAAUCCGUUCCGGAAAGUGACCUCUCGUUAACUGGGCGCGAUGAAGCACCCGAGGCUUUCCAGUUGCGACUGUGGAAUCCUCGCCAAGGACUUGUUGAUCUGGAACUGGAUUUUGCGCCCUUGUCCGUUCGGAUUUCCGCUGUACUGGUGCAGGCUUUGCUCCGGUUCUGGAUACCUGAAACGCUGGCCUCCUUUGCGAUGCAGGGCAGACGGUAUGCUGCGCGCGUCCUACAUGGUCUCCAAGAACGCCUGGUCCGCUCUGAUGAUGCUACUCUUGUUCAAAAGCUGAGCUCCAUGUUCAUGCAGCUUCGCUUUGGAGGUAUGUUCAUUGUUUUCGAUGAAGACUUCCGGCUUCUGGAAGGCGCUGCAGUGACCUCAGCGGAACAGUCGUCAACGUCACCCGAAGCAUCACCUGCGUCGCUGGUGCUUUGCGUACAGCUCGCUGGAGCAGAGUUUCUCAUGGGCGAGGAAACCGCCUUGACCGCUCACAGACAACCAGCGGAUCAAGCGGUGCUCUUGGGCAUCGACGCAUUUGCCUCGUCCGUCCAGAAAGCACAGCAGGUGUUUGCCUUUCUGUCAUCGUCAUCAUCAGAGACGCGGGUGGACUUGCAGGGUACGGGCACCGACGAGCCCGCGCAGCAGACCCCACCGGAGACGCCCUAUGUGGUCGACUCUCGCGUGGUGCUGCGCUUUCCGGGCCUAACGAUCGGCUGGUGCCAUGAAACCUCCGUUGAAGCGGCUAGCGCAGUUGUGCCCGUGCGAACGCUCUUGCAACUGGGCACCUUGCGGAUUGGCAACACGAUCGAACACUGCCUCGUAACGCAGGAUCAACGACCCAAACUCCUAGCGCGGAUUCUGGUGGGCAUCCUCCUGGAACGACUCGCAGUGACUGCGGGCCUGAGCGACAUCUGGGCGCUAGUGCAGGUCGCUUUGCGUUACCAACGUGUCAUCCAGGAUAUACAGGUGAUUUUGAGAGAAAACGAUGCAGAUCUAUCCACGACGAGUCACCAGAACAGUUUGGACUCGCUUCGGGAGGCAAGCAUAUCAUCGAACGCUUCGUCAUCAUCACCAGUAAGGAGUCGUGAAGCAACCAACUCGAUAUCGCGGGAGCUCGGUGCUGCGAAGAUGCAUCCGCCGCAACUGCAACAAAAGAGAAUGCGAACACGCGAACGUGAACCGCAUUUGCGAACCGCGUUAUCGUUGAGACUGAACGAGCCCCUGCAUGUGGAACUAGCUCUGGAUCAUGGCAAGUCUGCGACGAUGACCCGUCACUGGCUACUGCGUUCCCGGAUCGGCGUUCAAGGGCGACUGCUCCUGUACUCCAACCAGUCGAUGUUGAGCCAGCUGCAGGCAAGCGGUAUCAGUGUGGAAGCGGAUGCAUCAGGAGAGCGGCCCCGUUCCUGCCAAGUGCUGUUGGUAGCUCCCUUCCAGGGCGAGUUGGAGGCAAUCUUCGAAGCCGCUGCUUCUACUUCUACUUGUACGACUAGUGAUGCUACCGCGCUGCCGACACUGGACUGCGCACUGCGCUUGGAUGCGAUCGAUGUGGUGCUCCCGUUCUCGUUUAUCAGAGAGCUGGUGGAUACUGGACUUGCAUUCGGUGCCCUGUUGCACCAGGAAGUGACCCGCGCUGCGCCACCCGGGUCGCUGGAGACUCCGGUUACCAUCACCCGGACAAGAGCAGCGGAUGAUCAGGAGCCGUUCCUCUGGAGCGCAGACUUGAGCGCCCUGCCUGGCAACGCGAGCCUUGUCUUCGAGUUUGCUACCUCGGAUCGAGCUGGCUACCUGGGAGUCGACCAUCAGGGCCGCGUCCACGGUCCGGUACCCCUGGAACAAGCUGCGCGUUUCCGCGUUCAGCGGGUGCGACGCAAGGGCGCUCCCGUCGGUGUGAUGCUGAAGCUUGAAACGGACCAAUCCUCGGGCAUGACCAGCACUUUUACGGUGCAAGUACUCGCGGACUUGUCGGAUGUGUCGUUCGAUGGACGUACCACGAAGCCGACCCCAGCUGGGCCACACCUGGGUAUCCGUCGCAUUGCACCGGAGCUCCGGGACGAGGUUUGCCAACGCUCUCUGGAGCGGCUUUCCACGAACGGUACGGAAUCUUCGGUGCUGGAAGCAACAGCUGGUUCGGAAGCAGGUGAAUCCUCGGGAACGCUACCAGCAGCAGCAGCAGCAGCAGCAGCAGGGACUCUCGGCUCAUCCGGAAGCGCAGGUAACCGCCCGGAACGCAGCCGCUCCCUGAGACGAUGGCUCGGAAACUCCGACUCGAGUACUCGAUCCAGUACUGAAGUCGGAAGCGCUGCAGCAGACAAGGCGGAUCGUCGCCAGCAGCGAAGCAUCGCUACAAGUGCAACCAAACGAAAGCGUUGGCGAACCCGAGUAGCGGCUGGCGCUGGUGCUUCCACUGCUUCUGCCGAUGAUGAUGAUGCUGAUGCUGAUGAUGAUUUUGGUAAUGAGCGCAACGAUCAAGUGCUGCGUGCCUGUACCUGGGAAUCUGUACCUGUUCAUGGCGUGGCGGAAGCAGUCCUUCUGAGGCACGAAAAGAGCGGCCACUGGAUAGGGCGAACACCAGCAGCUGGACCUGUUGAAGCGCACGACGCAUCCAGUCCGGAUGAAGCGCUGCACCUUGACUUGUUGCCCGGCGCUAGUGCAGCGCUGCCGUUGCGUCCGCUGCUCCUGCAACGGGCCCAGCACUUGGCCCAGUUCCAGCCGCUGAUACGGAUUCGUGCACAAGUGGCUGCCGCGGGCGUGCUCGUUCGGCUCUACGAAUGGAUGGACGAGGCAGCUCGCUAUCGACUGCCGUUGUUAGCGCUCUCCGCGGUACCCAUUGAUGUACAGUCGGAGGUUUGUGUGUACCCCAGUGCGGCUGGCGUUGAACCGGAGCUCUCACUCGCGCUCUCGUUGUGUCCGACGGUGAGCAGCUACCGUUUGGCACAGAGGCGAUGGCGCGACCUGCUCGAGCCGGUGCCACUCUCUAUGCAGGCGAGUUUGCGGGGAAAGCCUCGGUUUGUGGCGUUCCAGCUGCAGUUGGGCACUGCCGAACAACCGCUUCGGUUGCAUGCGUACCCGCGUGGUGUGCACCUUAUCAGCCAGCUGCUGAUGGACCUCAUGGAUCGGACUGCAGCUUCGCGACUCACCACGGACUGGUGGUAUUUCCACAACGAGACCGAAGCGACCCUGCAGUUGCAAUGGGACCUCAAAAACAGCACCCAAAACGUCGACAACGAUGAUAAUGUCGACGUCGACGAGCCUGUUGUCGUCUAUCCGGGUCAAUCGGUGUGUUUGUAUCCGCCACGAGCCCUGUUGAGGCGAGCGCUGGUGCGCCUUGCGGACCUGGAAGCCGCCGCUCGUCAAAGAAGCGACGUUCCAGAGCCGUUCACUGCGCGUAUCCAAGUCGUGGGCUUCGGAACGCUACCUCCAGUACCGCUGCAAACGUCGGAUGUGGUAUCGCUGCCGCUCGAGCCGGACCCGGUUUGUACGACGAGUGCCACGCCAAGCGCCCGAACUCCGGUACCUGCAGACACAACCGAGAAGCAGACGCGUGGCGGUCGAGUCACCGCAGCAUGCUCUGCACCUGCUGAGCGCUCCGUAAGCAUUGCACAGCGCUCUGGAACGGAGUAUCCGGCUGAGCGGGCUGGUGCAGACCCGACCACUUUGACAGCGACACGGGCGGCAUUGUCCCAGCGAGUGUCCGCCGAGCAGCGGCUACCGACGGAUGCACCUUUUGAGGUCCGGGCAAGUAUCGACACGAUGCAGCGUGGAAACGCAGCUGCACAACCACGUCUGCGUCUCCCAGGAGCAGCAGCAGCACCAGCAGUAGCAACUGACUCGACUCGUCGUCGUGUCGACGACAGUGAACGUGCGGCGCCUGUUGUGCUCUACUGGGUGCGCCUUAGCGAUGGCUAUCGUGACCAUUUCUACCUGUACAGUCGGACCAAAGUCGCGAACCGUUGUCGAAGCAUCGCCUUGUACGUACACGGUUUCCUACCCGAGCACGAACGCCGUCAUGCGGAAACUGUGCUUCGGAGGCAGGGGCGAUCACCAGCGCUGGUGCUUCUGCAGCUGGGACGCACAGCAACUGCGCUUCGUUCAGCAUCGAAGGAACCUUGGCGCAAACUCGGUCGAGGAUUACGAAGCUUUUUCGGCAUUCGGUCAAAGACACGGGCGAUUCCCGAGCGACCAGCACCGCUACCCGGCUUGCCAGCGGAAUCGUCUGGCUCUUGGUACGCGCUGAUGCCGGUGAACAUGCCGCAGUCUGAGUCCAGUGCCUCUGCAGCACCGGUUUCGGAACCUGCUGCAGGUGUGCUGGAGCCAGAGCAGGCACUCUUUCUGGGGACUUUCCUGCGGCCGACGCGCCUACGCCUGCUCCCCGUCACAUCGACAAGUCAACGCGUGUUCAAUGAGGAGGCGUCUGCUAUCGGAGGUCUAGAGUUUCCGCUCGUUGCUGGCCAGCUAUCGCUGACGAGGAGCUAUUUCCUGGUAGCUGCAGCGGUGGACGCUUCGUGUCAGCGCUUUCGCGUGAUGGAGGUGGGUGCUCGUACUAGCAGCAGCAGCAGCAGCAACAGCAGCAGCAGCAGUCAACGGCUUGCGAACGAAUACAACAUUCGUCCGGCAUUGACGAUCCUUCACGAGUUGCCGUACCCAGCUAGUCUGCAAGUUGUCGACGCCGACGGGAACCUGCACUCGACCUACGCCUUGGACGCUUGGGGCUCGGUGGAAGUUUGUGAGCUCUGGGGCCCGCCACGCGAAAACCUCUUGGUGCAUCGCCUGCUGGGCAGUGCAGGCUCGACACGAGCGCCAAGCACCGAACCCAGUCGCACAGACGGGAAUUUCGCACCAGCACCAGCACCAGCACCAGCACCAGCACCAGCACCAGCAGGAGAUGAUGAUGAGGAUGAUCAUGACGAUACUGAUGUGACUGCCCGCACCGUCGCCAUUGUGCGUCUCCAGAACGCCAGUUCAGCAGGUAAGCGGCCCAGUACACGUACUGGGGCGACUGGAAAGGCCUCGCUUGCCGCAAACUUGGCCUUACACUGCGAGGUGGAGCGCCAUACCCUCUCGUUUCGCUUCGGCUACUUUCGUGCUCGCCUUGUCCGCAGCGAAACCCGCGGCCGUAUCCUGGUGCUCUAUGCUCCGUUUCUCCUAUGCAACCAGGUUCCGGGUAUUAGCCUCUGUUUCCGCCAUGUGCAAGGAAACCGUAAGCCACUGCCUUCCGCACAGCGUCAGCUUCGCAGGAUCGGCAGUCAGGCGACAUCCGCAGUGCAGCGACUAGCGGGACAGGCGGGAGCGGCUCCAAAGCGACUCGGAGCACAUCUCCGGCCAAGAGAAGAGGCAACGAUGCCCGAGCGUGGAACGAGUCGUCACCCGGCUCCAGUAUUGUCGUCGCCGUCGACGUCGACGACGACGACUUUAUCAUCGGCUGCGGCCUCGGCUCCAGUGGACACUGCACGCCAUCUGGGCACUGACGUCCAGGCUGAUAACGAUGAUAACGAUGGGACUGUUCUGACGAGUGCAUCGGCAGCGUCUCCCGAGGUCGUUGCUGCCGACGACCCGGACCCAGAGGCAGUCACCACAGAGAUUGCACCUGCAGCGUCAGAAACAGCGGUCGUCUUCGAUGCUGCUUCGGAGCCCGAGUCAGCGAGCACGGUUUCCGCGGACACGCUGACACAAGCGACCCGCAGCGAUACCACAGCGGUCGCCGCUACCCUGAACAAGCCGCAACGUCUGGUGCAUCGAAAGAAAGCGGAAGCGUCGCGACAGUUUCUGGUGCCUCCAGUCAACCUCGCCGAAGAAAGCGGUGCGCCCAGCUCCGAUGCAUAUCUGUACUGCUGGAAAUCACAGCAAGCGUUGAUCUGGGUGAACGGAGCACCCCGCCGCAAUACCCAACAUCCCGUUCGACUGGCACCGUUUGGUCGAGGUAACAAGGGCUUUGGGGUGCCGGAUGCGCUCGUCGGACACCUGCUCGAGCUUGUGACCCAGGUAACGCUGCACAGCUACCGAGACCGUACUGCCGUCCUGGAUACACCGCUCCCGAACGCGCGGAUCCUACAGCUACGACCGCGGUUUGAAGUGCGGAACACACUGACGGAGACCCUGAGUCUAUGCGACGCCGUAGACUGGGAGCGUUUUCGCCUCGAGCAGGCGCAACACGAAGAGCACAAGGCCACACUGCCGGUAUGUGCGGUGUCUGGGCUCGUGCCCGGCAUGCAGCAGGUGCCGGCAGCAGUCAGCAGCCCAAAGCAGCCCGGACGAGCAGCGGUCACUUUUCAUGAAGCCAACAAGGGACGCUUUGCACGUAUUCGCCUUGACGAUACCGGGUGGUCGGGUCUGAUCGACUUCACCGACCUGAACGGAACGAGCGUUGCGCUGCCGCGAGCUCGUCGUAACGCUGACCAGUACUGGGUCGACGAGCACGUACCAGUGUAUGGGAGUGUGAGGAUGGAUAAUGGACGACUGAUCUGGACGUUUCAGAGCAAGCACGUCGCUGCCAAGGGAAUUCGCUUUGUGAACCGGACGCGUUUCGACCUGGUGGUGAGGCAGAAAGCGAAACGCGCUGAUCGGUUGCGCUCUUUGAUGCGUUCAGCAACACGCGAUGCCUCCCACAUGAUGGUACAGACGCUACGCGGGGUCACUUCUGGAGCAGCGAGUGCAGCAGCGAGUGCGUUCGGUAUGGGCAUGCGUAACCGGAACACCGGAACCGGAACUGGAACUGGAACUGGAACCGCAACCGCAACCGGAACUGGAACUUUGUCAACAAGUGGCUCUCGUACGCUUGCCGCCGGUGAGCAGCAGCAGCAGCAGCAGCAGCAGCAGCAGCAGCAAGUCACAGCGGAAACGUCUAUCAUGCCGCAGACCCCGCAGGGGCAACGAACCGACCCGGGCAAGCCGCUGCGUAUCACACCGGAUACCUCGCUGGAUAAUGCCGCUUGGAUGAUAUUCCAUGUGCCACCGAAGAGCGAACGGGUUUUCUACUGGCCUGAACCGCUGGGUUCGUCCAAGCUCCUGCUGAAACUAUUGCCUGGAGAGGCAGGCCUGGCGACGGCGUUGGCGAAUCCCCAGCUCUUUGCGGAUGCAGUGGUGGUACCAACGCGUCAACUGCACCCGGAACCGCGCUGGUUGGCACAACGACGGGGACACCAGCCAGCGUUCCUGUAUCGAAUGAUAGCCCAGGGGCCGGAACGACACCUCGUGGUCGACGAAGGCACCACCAGUACAUUGGCGAACGAACCUGCCUGGAUACCGCGCUUUCGAUUGGACGCGCAGCUCAGCUUGCCGACGCUCUACCUGAACUUGUACAACUUGCAGGCGCGUCCCUUGCUAGAGGUCCAACUGCAGCAGCUGGAGGUGCUCGCGAAUGCCGGACUCCGACCUGACCAGCAGUUGGCGAUCAUGACGCGUCUCGACGACCUGGUGCUUCUGAACCGCAUGGACCGUGCUCGUUCGCAACGCGUUGUCAGCAAAACUGCAGGAUCGUUGACCAGCGGUGAUGACCGGAGCACCCCAGCGCCCGCUACGAACAACAAGGGCGUUGCCAACGAAACACCGAGUGAGCUGCUGGUCGUUGCCCUGGUACUACGACAUGUCCAACGCGAUCUCCUACAUGUGAGCGCUUUGCAAGUAGAGCUCACGCCGCUCCGAGUGAACCUGGAGCCAGCGCUUCUCUAUGAAACCGUGCUUACCCUGGUGAGUUGCUAUGAUCGUGCACGGUGCUCGUCGUUGACUGCAACGCAACGCAGAAGCGCCAUGUCGUCGUCGUCGUCGUCGUCAACGAAUGCAGGUGCUGGAAUCGGCAGCAGCGUUACCAGUCCAGGUUCAUGCAGUGUACACGAGGCCCAGACAGGUCGCCGGGAAGUGCGCUCUACCAGAGCUGUGAGCAGCGGCGCCCUGGCAUCGCUUGCGCUACCCGCUGAACGCACUCGUUCACUACCGGCAGUCUACAUGGAGCAGGGCGCCAUCGGUGACCUGCAGAUCCUGCUCACCUGGAGAAAGUCAUCUGCGAAGUUGCUCCUUGCACGCGUGGAGGCAGCAGCGAGUCCGCGUCUCGCCGAGGCUGUCCAGCAAAUACGCGACCUCCUGGCAUACGUACCCGCAGUGCGUGACGCGCCCAUGCGCCUGAGUGGUAUCAUGCUCACCGAGUACCUGGCUACCAUGGAGCAACUCGUGCAUCGGAUCGUGCAGCACUACAUAUGGAGCGGGAUUCGUAACGGGUAUGCACUCGUCGGCUCGCUGGAUAUGCUCGGAGCGCCGCUCAAUAUCUGGGGCCACACCAGCGGUCGUGUGCAAGCCAUUUCACAGGAUAUUUCGCAUGGACGCCUGGGCAAAGCCGGCAAGCACAUGGUAACGUUUAUCGGUGGCACUGUAGGCGACGUCGGUCAGUCGUUUACCGGUGCGCUGUCGUCGUUUGGUGGUAUGGCGUGGCGGCGGCUAAAGUGGCUGCAGCGCGCUCCGUCACAUGCUAUGAACCCGUCGUCGUCAUCGUCGUUGUUGCCUACCGACUGGGGAGAAGGCGACGACAACGACAAUGACGACGGUGCUGGUAGAGAUGCAGUUGAGAAUGCACGCCCCGGUGGUAGCUUACCGCUGCGUGCUGGUCAGGGCGGCUCGCGUGGUGCCAAGACGCGGCAGCGGGCACCGUGGGCAGCACGUUUUGUCGCCCGCUGGUUGCCUGGCGGUGCUGGACGGCGACCGGCUAGUGCCACCACCGGAGCACCAGCACCAGCACCAACAGCAGAGCCUAGCGUUCAGCCGACUGUACCUCCGUCGCCACUGGACUGGCGUCGAGCGCUUCUGGGGUAUGCAUCCGCGAGCGACGCUCGUUCGGGUAGCACCUGA